AUGCGACGGGGAGUACGGAUAGCAGCAGACUGUGGAGUUUGUCCGGAGGUGGAGGAGUCCAUUUAUCAUGUGCUAGUUGAGUGCCUGCGGGCCGUUCGGAUCUGGAGGUGUGCAGGGAUUUCCUAUGACCCGGGGCAGAGAUGGUCGUCCAUUGCCGAGUUCAUCUGCUUCCUGGAGACCCCGGGGGCAGGGCCCGGGAUGGAUGAGAGAGGGACUCGUAUUGCAUACCUGGCUUACCAUUCCUGGUUAGACAGGAAUGUACGAGUCUUUGAGGGUCGCAGCUCGCCCCCGGAGGUGGUGGUGGCCGGGGCCUUUUUGCAUGCAGAGGAGUUCCUUAGUACUGCUGUGAGGUCACCUUCCGGGUUGGCCAGAGACAUCUGGGGUACCCCUUCUGCUCUUGUAGCGCCCAGUUAUGUAUUCGUAUCCUGGGUACCCCUACCCCCUAGUUUCCUGAAGGUGAACUUCGAUGGUAGUAUGGCAGCUGACGGGAGAGGUGGAGGUGUAGGCUUCGUCAUUCGAGAUCAUGAUGCCAGGCUAGUGGCGUUGGGGGGUCAGCGGAUCUUCGAUGCGUCGGUGGUAUGUGCUGAGCUCCGAGCCGCCUGGGAGGGCAUAUCUUAUGCGAGAUGGACACUAGGUGCAGACUAG